GCUGAACGAGGAAACGUCCAACUCCUCUGACUGAAUGGAGACUCCACAUUCCUACGAGGGAGUUUCUUCUGUGAAUGCAGGGAGAAAAUUGUAACUGUUAGUCAGAUUAAUUUAGAUUAAAUGGACCGGGAACGUGUGGAUCGUUAAAGCUUCAAGCAAACUGACAGUAAAAGACAACGAAGAGCGGUCCAGACAGAGUGGAGCCAGCAACUUGUGCGGGACAACCUCAGCACGACGGCCGCAGCCCGACAGAACAAGACCUGGGCAGUUCAGAACAGUGUGUGAAGAAGUUGGCCUUGAAAGGAGCUGCAGGUUGUUGAGAAAUGAUCACCUUCUGAGAUGUCUUUCAAGCUUGUAUUUUUGAACCCUACCACCACGUUGUGAUCUGUGCUUCUCACUCCAUCCUUGCUGCUGACCCUACCCCGGACAGCUUGCUCAGAGAAGCCCUUCCUGACCAGCAGCUGCGUCCUGCUUUCUGACUCCUGUUCCUCCCUUGUUUCCUGUCCGUGGUCAGACAAAGCUGAAGCCUCCUCUCCCUUUACCCCACCCCUGAUUUUUGUUGGUCUUUCAGCACAGUUGGGUUGACACUCGCAAGCUGCUUGAUUUGUCAAACACACACUUAGAUUCUUUCAGGGUACUACUGCUGUUUGGAAAAACUCAGCAGGUGGUGUAAACACUUCUGAAGACCUGGACUGUUUAUCUGUCACAGAUAAAGACUUUCAACAUGACCUCCAUGUCAAGUCUUUUCUCCUUUACAAGUCCGGCAGUCAAACGUCUACUCGGUUGGAAGCAAGGAGAUGAGGAAGAGAAAUGGGCUGAAAAGGCAGUGGAUGCUCUUGUGAAAAAGCUAAAGAAGAAGAAGGGUGCCAUGGAAGACCUGGAAAAAGCCCUGAGCUGUCCUGGACAGCCCAGCAAGUGUGUUACUAUUCCCAGAUCACUGGACGGUCGACUCCAGGUGUCCCAUAGGAAAGGUCUACCUCAUGUGAUAUACUGCAGGGUGUGGCGCUGGCCUGACCUUCAGUCCCACCAUGAGCUCAAACCUCUGGAGGUGUGCGAGUAUCCGUUCGGCUCCAAACAGAAGGAGGUCUGCAUCAACCCCUAUCACUACAAGAGAGUGGAGAGCCCAGUUCUGCCUCCUGUCUUGGUCCCGCGGCACAGCGAGUUCAACCCUCAGCACAGCUUACUCGUCCAGUUUCGCAACCUCACCCAUAACGAGCCACACAUGCCCCUGAACGCCACCUUUCCAGAGUCCUUCCAGCAACCUCACAGUGGGGGCAGCAGCAAUGGUGGAGGUGGAGGAGGCAGCGGCGGCACGUUCCCCAUUUCUCCCAAUUCUCCAUAUCCUUCUUCUCCAGCCAGCAGUGGUACUUAUCCCAACUCGCCCGCCAGCUCGGGGCCCUCUAGCCCAUUCCAGCUCCCAGCUGACACCCCACCCCCAGCUUACAUGCCCCCUGACGAACAGCUGGGCCCAGAGAGCCAGUCCAUGGACACCAGCAGCAGUCUGGUGUCACAAGGCAUACCAAGAGAUGUGCAGCCAGUGGAGUAUGAGGAGCCAAGCCACUGGUGCUCCAUUGUCUACUAUGAGCUGAACAAUCGGGUAGGAGAGGCCUACCACGCCUCUUCAACCAGUGUUCUUGUGGACGGUUUCACUGACCCUUCCAACAAUAAAAACCGCUUCUGCCUCGGACUGCUGUCCAACGUCAACCGCAACUCAACAAUCGAGAACACCCGCAGACAUAUUGGAAAAGGAGUGCACCUGUACUACGUGGGAGGAGAGGUGUACGCAGAGUGCCUCAGUGACACCAGCAUUUUUGUCCAGAGUCGUAACUGUAAUUACCAUCACAACUUCCAUCCCACCACUGUGUGUAAGAUCCCCAGUGGAUGCAGCCUGAAAAUCUUUAACAACCAGGAGUUUGCUCAGCUUCUGGCUCAGUCGGUGAAUCAUGGCUUUGAGGCUGUGUACGAGCUCACAAAGAUGUGCACGAUUAGGAUGAGCUUCGUCAAGGGCUGGGGAGCGGAGUACCACCGACAGGAUGUGACCAGCACCCCCUGCUGGAUCGAGGUGCACCUGCACGGGCCUCUGCAGUGGCUGGACAAAGUGCUGACACAGAUGGGCUCACCGCUCAACCCCAUCUCCUCUGUGUCCUAACAGACUGAAAGAAAAAUCAUUUGACCUGUUUUUAAUGUUUUCCUCCAGCAAAGAUUUAUUAUUUAAAGCUGUCUUAAUGAUGGAACUGUUUACACUUUGGGAAGGGAUAUUUAGCUCUGGCAGAAAAUUCAAGCAGUUUCUGCCAGACUCACAAGGAUUUAAAACAAACAACGUAAAUGACGCCGGAAAGAAACGCGUGGAGAAAGACGAGGAAAGUCGAAUGGACAUGGACAGACCACUGCUCAGUGUCAGAACCAGGCUUUUUUUUUUUAUCAAACUGUCAAAUGUUCAUGUUUGCAUCUAAUUUUUAUUGUUUUUAACAAAUGAUUAUUGUGUAGUUAUCUGAACAGAACAGUUUUACUCUUCUGCCUUAUGUCUGACAGACAUUUUGAACUUUAUAAAAGACUUAUCUUACGUCUGUUAUUUCACUUUAGAUAUACAUACGGUUCUGUUCACCAUUAGACUGACAUAACAAAGCUUUUCUUUUUAUAACUUACUGCUAGAAAUGAACACUGAGCUACAGCUUUGAGAGCGUUGUGUAUGGGAGAUCACUGAACACGUCUGACAUGACCAUAAGCUAACAUUGAAUCUUACAUCCAUUGAAAUAUUAGUAGUCAUGUAAUCAGGAAAUGGACACCCCCAUUAUGAAUGAUUCUUGUUCAUAUGUUCAAAUAAGAGUGCCUUUUUUCAGACUCACUGUAUUAACAAUAUUGUGCACUCACUGAUUUUUUUUUAUUUUAUUGUUUUUUAGGAGUUAUUUCAAAAUGUUGGCUUGGGUACCAAGGCAUUAUGUUGAUAAUUUUACUACAUUAGUUCAAAUGAAAUAAACAUAAGAUUUGUUAAUGAUUGUU